CGCAACGUUAUGCCUUAUAGAGUCACGUGACGUUUGUUGACAGUCGAGAGAGGAGGAGGAAGAUGGCGGCUCGGUGGAGCAGUGAGAAUGUGGUGGUGGAGUUUCGGGAUGCCCAGGCUACCGCCAUGUCAGUGGACUGUCUGGGCUCCCAUGCUGUGCUCUCAGGGCGUCGUUUCCUCUACAUGGUGAACCUCGAGGCUCCAUCUGAACCUCCUCGGAAAAUCAGCCGUCAGAGUAAAUGGGACGUGGGAACAGUCCAGUGGAACCCACACAAAUCGGAGUCUCACGUCUUCGCCGCAUCGAGUAACCAGCGUGUGGAUCUGUAUUCAUGGAAGCACGGCUGUGGAGAGGUUCACACGUCGCUGCAGGGACACACACGGGUCAUCAGUGAUUUGGACUGGUCCAGUUUUGAACCAGAGUUCCUGGUCACCAGCUCAGUGGACACCUACAUCUACAUAUGGGACACAAGGGAUACCAGGAAACCGGCUGUGCCGCUGUCCGCUGUCGCCGGCGCAUCGCAGGUGAAGUGGAACAGGAGGAACCCGAACCUGCUGGCGUCCAGUCACGAUGGAGAUGUCCGAAUCUGGGAUAAAAGAAAGCCCAACACGGCGACCGAGUACGUGGCUGCUCAUCUGUCCAAGAUCCACGGCCUCGACUGGCAUCCAGACAACGAGUUCAUCCUUGCCACGUCCAGCCAGGACAACUCAGUGAGGUUUUGGGAUUAUCGGCAGCCCAGGAAGUACCUGAACAUCCUGUCCUGUCAGGUGCCGGUGUGGAAGGCCAGGUACACGCCGUUCUCCAACGGUCUGGUCACCGUCAUGGUUCCUCAGCUGAGGAGAGAGAACAGUCUGUUGAUGUGGAGCACACUCGACCUCAACAGCCCCGUCCACGCCUUCGUUGGACACGACGACGUUGUGCUCGAGUUCCAGUGGAGGCCGCAGAAAGAAGGCUCUAAGGAUUACCAGCUGGUCACAUGGUCCAGAGACCAGACCUUGAGGAUCUGGAGGGUGGAUCCUCAGCUGCAGAAGCUGUGCGUCAGCGACGUGGUCGAGGAUCUGAUGGAGGGGAUGUCUCUGAGCGUGGAGGCAGAGAGGUCGUUCCAGGAGCCAGAUGUUCAGCACAGUGUGGGUCCUGCUGCUGGGAACCUGCAGGAUCACAGCGUCUCUGUGAACGUCGCUGCUCGUCAGGACUCGGUGUUGGGUUCUGGUCUCCCUCAGACUCUGCAGCAGGAGUUUUCCUUGGUCAACCUGCAGAUCAGGAACGUCAACGUGGAGAUGGACGCGGUGAACUGCAGCUGUGUGGUGUCUGCUCACUUCGGCAGCCAUCAGGUUCACCUGGUGGUGAAGUUUCCCGCACAGUACCCCAACAAUGCUGCCCCCACAUUCCAGUUCGUCUCCCCGACCACCAUCCCUUCUGACAUGAGGAUCAAGAUACAGAAGAUCCUGACGGACACAUCGCUACAGAAGGUGAAGAGGAACCAGAACUGUCUGGAGCCAUGUGUCCGGCAGCUGGUGUCCUGUCUGGAGUCUGACAUGACCCAGGACGACGGUCCGGCCUCUGGUCCAUUCGUUCUCUCUAACCCAGUCACUCCAGGCCUGCAGGCAUUCCCCCGCGUCACCAACACAUACGGCUCUUACCAGGACGCCAACAUCCCGUUCCCUCGCACCUCAGGUGCUCGGUUCUGCGGCACCGGCUGCCUCGUUUAUUUCACUCGGCCAAUCACCAUGCACCGCUCUGUCCCACCCACCGAGCCCACACCCAGGUCUCUGUCUGCCUUGUCGGCGUAUCACAGUGGCGUGUUGACUCCCAUGAAGAUGCGUUCAGAGUCUCAGAGCACGCUGCGGCUCUACAGUGGCAGCCCGACUCGGUCCGACAAAGACACCGUCUCCAUCUCCUCCUUUUAUUACAAAGAACGGAAGCUCCCAAUCUCUGCCUCCCGCCGCUGGUCUGUCCAAACCCUCCAUGAUUGGCCGAAAUCCCGACGCUUCAAGACCAAGCGAGAGGGGACAGACUACAGCAACCGUCCCAUCAAACUGGCUGGGAAAGUCAUCAUCCAGGAGAUCUCCUGUCUGCUGCCUGUCCACAAAGCUCUGGGGGAGAGCUACAUUCUGAACAUGAAUGACAUCCAGGACACGUGUCAGAAGAACGCCGCAGCCGCGCUCGUAGUCGGACGAAGAGACGUGGCAAAGGUGUGGGCUCUGGCCUCAGCAGCUGCCAGUCAGGAGCUGAGUCCAGAUUCUGACCCGGACACAGAGACUCCUUGGGCCAGACACCCGUUUGGACGCCAGCUGCUGGAGACUCUUUUGGAUCACUACAGUCACAUGAGCGAUGUUCAGACUCUGGCCAUGCUGUGCAGCGUGUUCAGGCCUCAGGCUUCACUUCCCGACCCGUACCCCCUGUACGGACACCACCCGUCACGCUCCUCCAUGUUCCCUCCACAUCACUCACGCUACCCCAGCUACACGUCCGGAUCCGUCACCUCAGGCUCCUGCUCCAGCACCUCGGACUCCAUCACUACAACCACCUGGAACGCGGGCCGAGACUCGGAGCACGCCAACCCCUGGGGUGAAUCCUCUCCAGAUGAGUACCGCUACGGAAACCAGGGUUACGCAGAUCCACGGGAACGGGAGCGAGAGCAGCACGACAUGAACAAGAGGCUGCUGGACCCCGCUAACACGGUGCAGUUUGACGAGUUUAAGAAGUGUUAUGGUGAAAUCCUGUACCGCUGGGGCCUGAGGGAGAAAAGAGCUGACGUGCUGAAGUUUGCUUCCUGCCCUCCUGAACCUCACAAAGGCAUCGAGUUCGGAGUGUACUGCUGCCACUGUCGCAGCCAGGCUCGUGGGACUCAGUGCGCCGUCUGUAAACGUUUGACCUUCCAGUGUGCCAUAUGCCACGUGGCCGUACGAGGCUCCUCCAACUUCUGCCUAAGCUGCGGCCACGGGGGACACACCAGCCACAUGAUGGACUGGUUCCGUCGCCAGGACGAGUGUCCAGCAGGCUGUGGCUGCCACUGUUUGCUGCAAAGCACCUUCUGAGACAUUGCAGACAAAACCAAAAUCACUAGAUUCUCCAGCCUCUGUCACAUGGGAACCCAUUUAACGAGUCAGACUGGAUCCAAACCAGAUGGCCUGACCUUCUUGUCUCAUCUUAAGAAGUCACAGAUCCAGGCCAGUGCCUUGGUGGAAAGGACAUUAACAAGGACAGACAGAAAAGAUCAAGCACUUACAACAUCUUAACAAAAGAAGACACGGGUUUAUUAUACAGCAAAGGAGAAAAACAGUUUCUUUCAGCUUAUUUUCAGCAGUGAUGGACAUCGGACAUUUUACAGUUGUGGGUGUCUUUUGUCAAGAGCCAGUGUAACAUCUGGACUCAUUCAUCUCUGGCAGACAUGAUCAUCUCUGUUUCUCAACUUUUCUUCAUGAAAAGCUCUAAAAAUCUGGUGGUUGAUCAGGUUGAACACCUGAAACCUCUGUCCCUGGUGACGUCACAGUCAAAAGGUCAAAGUUCCCAUGUUUGCUGACUGGGCCAACAUGGGUCUGCCAGCUUAUCUCUCCUGUAUUUAUCAUCUCUACACUCACAACUCACUCUGGGAUAUGGACCCUGAACAGUACGUACUGUAUGUCAAAUAAUAAAAGCAGUGAAAUGUCA